AUAAAAUUUUAAAACAAAUAAAAAAGUUAUAGGGUUAAAAUGACAUUUUUCCAGUUAUAUAUAUUAUUAUGUGUGAUUAGGAUAUCUCACCUAACCCACUGAAUUUCAUGGAUGCCUUCUGUGGUGCCUAUUGCUUCCAACAUUUCAAUUGGAAUUUUGCUUCCACACAUUUUCAUGGAAGCCGCCUCCUCCUCAUCAUCCUAGCCAUGAGCCCAUGACCCACCCCACCCAAAAAAAUGUAAAAGGCUAGCUAGCACCCCACCCAAAUUUCAUAAUUUCAGUAGAUUUACAUGAAUCUCCUUCCAAGUACUGCUGCACUUGCAAUUGCUUCCAGUACCAUUUUGAUUUGAUCAACAAAUAAUGGAGGCCUUUCUGGAAGAGACCCAACAUCUUAAAAUCCAACUGGAAGAGAUAAAAUCAGCUACCAACAACUUUGAUGACAACAAAGUGAUUGGAAAAGGUGGAUUUGGGAAGGUGUACAAAGGAGUACUCUCUCAGUCUAAGGUUGCUUUUAAACGUUUAGAUCGUAAGCAUGGACAAGGAAACCCCGAGUUCUUGAAAGAGAUCCUGACUCUUUCCCGUUACACACAUGAAAAUCUCAUCUCUCUCCUGGGAUUCUGUGAUGAAGAUGAUGAGAAGAUCCUUGUGUAUGAGCAUGCAUUUCACGGAAGUCUGGAUCGCCACUUAAGUUCCGCCAGUCUCACCUGGUGGAAACGCCUCAAAAUAUGCCUCACGGCCGCAAAAGGGCUGUGCUACCUUCAUGAGCCCAAUGGGGAAGAACCUCAAAGAGUCAUUCAUCGAGAUAUAAAAAGCUCCAAUAUUCUACUGGAUGAGAGUUGGAAUGCUAAAAUCUCUGACAUGGGAUUGUCGAGAAUAGCACCUACUAAUCAGAAGCACAGCUUUCUUGCCACCAAUGUUGUAGGUACGUAUGGGUACAUAGAUCCACUUUAUAUGGAGACGUAUUUCCUAACAAAAGAAUCGGAUGUAUACUCUUUUGGAAUGGUCUUAUUCGAAGUGUUGUGUGGGAGACUAUGCUUUGAAUAUAACAAUGGUCAUUUUUUGAGCUUGUGGCCAAUGUGGAAAAAAAGCUAUGAAGAGAAGAAACUAGAUCAGAUUAUCUUUGAAGAUAUGAAGGUACAGAUGAAUCUGAGUUCCUUGGAAAAAUUUUCAGACAUUGCUUAUCGGUGUCUGCAGAAAUCUCGUGAAGAACGACCAAAGAUGUCUACUGUUGUGGAAGAACUUGAGGUAGCACUUCAUAUUCAGAAGACAGAAGGACCAGUGGACUUUGAAGAGAUGAUUAAAACUUCAGUAGCUCCUCAGGUCUAUGAAUCCAAAGAGGAACUACGGAUGCUUCUCUACAGAGGAAUGUUGGUUAACGACGGAAAAACGUGGUUUUCGUUAAACAAGAAUGGUGAACAUUGCGAAAUGAUAUCUGCAGCAGAAUGUUUGAUUCCUAUUCUCCCUCCAUCUCCCAGCUAUUCAUCUUCCCGCAUAUUUCCAGCAAACUACAGUGCACCAUCUGUUUGGAGAUUCAAAAUGCACGUCAAACCACGACUUUUGUCACCACAUGUCACAUAUGCAGUAAACCUUGUGUUCGAUAUUAUUGACCACAAAAGUACGGACCUACUUUUAUUCCUCAAUUAUAAAUUGGCCGAGGAGAUAUACUAUUCGACUUCAUACUUGGCAUAUAAGAGAGAAGGUGGAAGGCUCAUGACUACAUUGUAUCAGUUUACUAGCGUCAAGAGAAGUGCUGAUCUUAAUAUCACGUUUGAUUGCCAGCAACAUGAAUUGAGAGUAGAAGGCAUCGAGUUUCAGCCUAUUGAGAGAGUAGUAGAGAAAAAAGAGGAUGAGGAGGUGGAUAUGCCAGACACAUAUUGGGAACAAAAAUUACCAAGUGAUUAUAAAGACAUAAUCAGGCUGGCAAAAGAUAGUCAUGUGCAAUGGACAACAAAGAAGGAACUCUACUCCAUUCUUUGCAAAGGGAUCCUAAUCAAUAAUGGUGACGAGUGGUUCUCCCUUGCCAAAAAUGGGAAGAAAUGUCAUAUGUUACCAGCAAGAAUGGUUUUGCGAAAAUCAGAGUGGAGUUGGAGGUCUUUACCUGAAUCAAGAUUUAAAGAAGUGGCUUUUUGUACUCAAAAAACCUUUUCGAUAACCUGCACUUCCAAAAUAUUGUCACCCUAUACAGGAUAUGCAUGUUAUCUUGUUUACAAGAUACAAACAAAAAACUCUAAUGUUGGGCAAGUUGUGGAAGUGAGUGAUCAUGGUUGGAUCAGAAAGAGUGCAAAGUAUGAUCCACAGCAUAUCCUUUUGUUUUUGCCUGAAACCCCGAUUAUUAGACGAAAGGUUAAUGACAAUAACACCCAAAACCUAUUAAAGAGAACUAAAAUGAAAGGUGUUCCACAACGAAGGAACGAUGGUUGGAUGGAAGUACAAGUAGGGGAAUGUCAAGCCCCUUAUACUACUACUCACAAAAUGGAUCUUUAUCUCAACCUUAAGUCUUUCUCGAGGAUUAGAGGGCUUAUGGUGCAAGGAAUUGAGUUUAAAGUCAUUUAGGUUCUCUAACUUAUGAUUGGAAAUGAACUGAUUGUAAUAAUGAAGUUUGCUUUGCCUAUUGUUGAAUUGAUACCUAUGGUGAUGAUUGGUCCAUAGUUUCUUCUUUUUCA